AUGGCGGGCAGUGAGACGGCUGACGAGGGGACCAUUUUGGACAUCAUGAACAGUCGCAGGAACCACUCUCCAGAGCUUGUCUCCACUAGUGAUGGCUCGACAAUUGCGUUGCAAAUUCAAUGCCAGAAUUUCCCAGAGUACUGGAAGAAGAAUCUCCUGACUCUCGUCCGCUCUAUCGCCGGCGAGGGCUUCCCACUCGAGCAUGACAAGCACUACAUCACUCCUAUGGCUCCACGCGAGCCGUCAGACAGCGCAUACGGCGCAAUCGCAAAAAUUGUGCUACGAGAUCAGCCACAUUUGGAGGCAAUGAGUGCAAAGGUCAUGGCGCCUGAAGCUGCAAUCAUAAUUGCUACUGAUGAGGACAAUAUCAUUGAUGACACGAGCUUCAGGACGUAUCUUUUCCGUGAGGCGUUUGUGACGACGAGGGAUGGUGGAGUAAGGUAA